UAGUAAAAAUAACGGGUCGAUAUAAAUGUUUCGGGUCCUCUCGUCAACAAUGGAUUCUGGAGAAGAAUGAGGUUGCAGAGAGCCAUGGGGAUUUCUAAGGGUGGUUGCCCGUCUCUGUAAGCCGAUGAUUUUCCACAAUGUAAACAACCCUUAUUAUGUAUGUAUGUAUAUAUAUAUCUGUGAUCUAUCUAUGGCUCUGUUUGGUAUCGCUGUUUAGAGCUUUUUUGAGUACUACUGACUCUAAGGAGGCGUUUGGUUCACGGAAUCUUGGAUUACCCCAGCGUAUUGGCUGCUGAGAUCCGAGAAAUCGGCCAAUGUGUCCUGUUACAUAUGUGGGUUUAGGGUUUGGUUUUGAGUUAGGGUUGAUAUCCAGCCCAGCUUCCCCUUAGUUAUCGUCAACAGUGGAUUUUGGAGAAGAAGAAGAAUGAGGUUGCAGAGAGCCAUGGGGAUUUCUAAGGGUGGUUGCCUGUCUCUGUAAGCCGAUGAUUUUCCACAAUGGUAAACAUGCACAAAAUUGAUGUUUGCAGCCAUGGCUGUGUUACUCUACUUUUGCCCAAUCAUGGACAAUUCAGUGAGAUAUGGUUGGAUAGCACUUCUGCAAGGGAAAAUUUGAUGGUUGAUCUCUUUGAACAUCUAAUUGUCUGUUUCCAAUUGAAGACUCGCAAAGUAAAUGGAGUUUCAACUCAAGAAGGAAAUGAGGCCACUGAAGGAUUAAGGGCAUUUUUAACGCAUCCCUUUGCAGUUUUACUGGAAACAAACAUGAUAGACAACAUUGUCGCCCCGCCCACUUCAUGCUCAUGCACUGUUACACCAUCGAUGAAACACCAUGACAAGAGCACCUAACAAGAAUGACAACUUGCUUGAUGUGCCAUUACAAUUUGGUGUUGUAUUGCAUGCAGAUGGGAUCUUUUAGUGUCAACUUGUGAUUCCAUUACAUCUCAGAUUGGACUCAAGAGCUAGCAGGUGGAGUGUUAUGUUGUUGUUAUCACUAUAACUACUUUGGUUAUGAAAAUAUGUUAAGAAAACCAAAUAAGACAUCUUUUGUUAUUCAAAAGUCUUUGUAAUUUUACUCUCAACAGGAGAGUUAAUUUUGCUACUCACCAUUCAUAGGUUGUAUAA